GGUGCACAGUUGCGCCGCUUUAGCUCGAGCCAGAGCCGAGCGAGAGUCGCUCAGACCGGACCGUCUGACCCCGGGAUGCCCCUGCGUGGCGUCUAAUAAACAACUACAGCCACACAACGCCCUCGCCUUCCUUGCUUUUGGACGUUUAUAUUGGCGUUUCGUCCAAAAAACCAGCGUACUUUUCGACCCUGGACGGACUUAACCCCAAGUGAAAGAUGUCAAUCCUGCCCUUCACUCCCCCCAUCGUGAAGAGGCUGCUGGGCUGGAAGAAGGGCGAGCAGAACGGCCAGGAGGAGAAGUGGUGCGAGAAAGCCGUCAAAAGCCUGGUCAAGAAGCUCAAGAAGACCGGCCAGCUGGACGAGCUGGAGAAAGCCAUCACCACCCAGAACAUCAACACCAAAUGCAUCACGAUACCGAGGUCAUUGGAUGGCCGCCUGCAGGUCUCCCACAGAAAGGGUCUGCCCCACGUCAUCUACUGCCGGCUGUGGCGCUGGCCCGACCUGCAGUCUCACCAUGAGCUGCGAGCGGUGGAGCUGUGCGAGUAUGCCUUCCACACAAAGAAAGAUGAAGUGUGCGUCAACCCAUACCACUACCAGAGAGUAGAAACACCAGUUCUCCCACCGGUGCUGGUGCCACGACACACGGAAAUCCCCAGUGAGUUCCCACCUCUGGAUGACUACAGCCACUCAAUCCCUGAAAACACCAACUUCCCCGCUGGCAUUGAGCCCCAAAGCAAUUACAUACCAGAAACGCCACCGCCGGGGUACCUCAGUGAGGAUGGAGAGACCAGCGAUCACCAGAUGACCAACAGCAUGGACACAAGUUCCCCAAAUCUAUCACCAAACCCAGUAUCACCCACACACAGUAAUUUAGACCUGCAGCCAGUGACGUACUGUGAGCCGGCCUUCUGGUGCUCUAUUUCAUACUACGAGCUGAACCAGAGAGUUGGAGAGACCUUCCACGCCUCACAGCCGUCGCUGACCGUGGACGGCUUCACGGACCCCUCCAACUCAGAGCGUUUCUGCCUCGGACUGCUCUCCAAUGUCAACCGCAACGCAGCAGUGGAGUUAACGCGCAGACACAUUGGCCGUGGUGUGCGACUGUACUACAUCGGAGGAGAGGUGUUUGCGGAGUGUCUCAGCGACAGCGCCAUCUUUGUCCAGAGCCCCAACUGUAAUCAGCGUUAUGGUUGGCACCCGGCCACAGUCUGCAAGAUCCCUCCAGGAUGUAACCUGAAGAUCUUCAACAACCAGGAGUUUGCUGCCCUUCUGGCCCAGUCAGUCAACCAGGGGUUUGAGGCCGUGUAUCAGCUGACCAGGAUGUGCACCAUCCGCAUGAGCUUUGUUAAGGGCUGGGGAGCAGAAUACAGGCGGCAGACGGUGACCAGCACCCCCUGCUGGAUCGAGCUGCACCUGAACGGCCCGCUGCAGUGGCUCGACAAGGUGCUCACACAGAUGGGCUCGCCAAGCAUCCGCUGCUCCAGCGUCUCUUAGGGAGAUCCGUCAUCCACUUGUUUCCCGUGCACCACGUCCACCGUCUGAGACUUAAAACACAGAGAUAAGAAGAGCAACACGAGUACUGAAAGAAGACAAAACCCUCCCACUUCCCCUCUGUCAGUCCCUCCUCCCGACCAGCUGUCAGUUGCACUUUUUCAUAUACAUGUUGUUUGUUGUGGAAGGGGACACAUGCAUUAAUGCAGUAACGUGGUAGUGAUGUCAGUGGGCUCGCAACAUAUUAUUCAAAAUUUGUCAUUUUUGGUAAUCACUUCCUUUGGCAUCUCAGGACCAGAGAUGCUGGAAUUUGUUUUCUCUUUUGUUCAAAUCUUUUGUUUAAUAUUUGUGUGUUGUUUUUUUUGUUCUGUUUUUUGUACAGAUCUUUAAUUGAACAGCAAACUUUUUUAAAAAAAGAAGAAAAAAAACAGGAAUUAAUUUUUUUACGCAUUAGUCCCAAAUUUCCAAAACAUGUCAAAUUGCUUCAGAUGUUUUAAAUUGUUUCACUUAAUUUUGUUUCUGUAUUUGGACUUUUGAUAAGUUAUGAAGACACUUUCAAAUGUACCACAUUGAUCUGAUCAAUAUGGAUCUAUACAUUGUGUGAAGGAAAUGUUACUGUAAGUCCAGCAGGAGGAAUUUGGGGUUUUCAUGCAGUUGUGUUCACACAAGGAAUGUAGCACGUUGUUACACUUUGGAGCUUCAAACAGAAACAGAAACAAAUAUAUCUAAAAGCAUCAGUCAAAUUCAGAAUGAAACCAGAUUAAACUGUCAGUCACUGACGGGUGGGGUUGAUGAUGGAGGACAUCUGGAGAGCACACAGGAGGUGAUUCUCUGUAACACUUUACACAAGUACUUCAGAAAGAGGUGGAUGCAUUCUUGUACAAAUAUGAUAUUCCUGUAUAUUGACCGGUGGGGGAGGUUUAUGUGAAAUACACCCUGUAUUAAUAUCAGAAGCUUUUGCAAUUUACAAAAAUCAUUUUGCAUCAUUUUAUGUUGUAGUAUAUGAAAUUCUGAAUCUGCACAGGACUUGAACGCAUACUGUCUCGCAUACUGUACUCUUUAGCAGACUUUGAGUUAAAUGACAGCCUGAGCACGCUUGCGUGUUUUGUGGAUAAUCUUCAGAAGGAGAAGCUGAAAAGACAGCAGGAAGAAGGCGGCUUUUUUUCUAAGUACCGUCCCUGCAGUCUAACACGUUGGUCUUACUUUCAGCUAUACUGACUUUUCACACACUCAGGACUGAAAAAAGAAAAAGAAAAAAAUCUCUGAAAUAUAAACAGGAACCAGUGAAAAAGACAAAUGACACUUGACGCAAGUCUAUUUUAAUAUUGAGUAUUUUUGUAGGACAAUGAGGUUAUAACGUUGUCUGACUUCGUCCGCCCCAAACCUACGCCGUGCAUGACACGGCAGCACACUGCUGGCAGGUCUGGGUUGUAUUUUUCUACUUGUGAGGCCGUUUGGGUACAAAGCACAGAUUUUUACAAAGGGAAAUGUUUAGAUAGAAAGAGGCGUGUAAAAAAAAACAAAAAAAAAAACAGUAGUGUCUUAAAAUUAAAUUUUUCCUUCUUUUGUUUAGGUCUAUGUACGUAUAGUAUACACGUGUUUUAAUGUGACCAUUGACCUUUAUAACGUUGAUGGUUUGGGAAGCAGGAGAACAAAAAAUGAGGCAAAAAGAAAAAAAAUGUAUCUAAUUCUGAAAUAGAAAAGCAAAGUCACAGCUGCAGUUCCUUUUCCUUUCAACCACCCGCUGUGGUGGAAGUGGACUGACUUCCCUCUGGUUCCAUGUGAGACAAAGACUCAGCAGGUGAGCUCCAACAAUAUUUGGGAUAUGUCAUCGAUGCUUAUUUACGUUAACCUGGCUCUUGAGGCUGAUGCCAGCCCCCCAGCACUAAGCUGAAACAUUUUAGGGACUCAAACAUGCAGCAAAGUCAUAAGAACUCAGCAUUGAAGUUGGGGGAUUUUGAUUUCUUCUAAAUGCUUAUAUCUUUAAAACUUGCAAACUAAAAUGUUGAGUUGUCUCGGAAACAGUAGCAUCUACCAGUCUGAGACAAAACUAGCUCUGCAGAGCUUCUGGUGUCCUUGAACGCAGCAGUCUUGAUUCUGAUGGGAUCUUUAACCCCGUGGUUAUUGUAAUUACCCUGUAGGGGUUAUUUUGAAAGCAAAUUUGUCAUUUUUAUACACUGCAAGUUGUAGCGCAUCUGUUUCUUUUUUCUUUGUUUAAAUUUGUUCACUGUAAUCAUUAGUUGUGAUUUACACUCCUCUGAUCCGAAUUUUGUCUCUUUAGAUUUCUUGUCUAAAAUUAUACCUCUUAUUUUUCUCUGCCUAUAAAAAGUGGAUGUGAUGCUUUAUAUUUUUGUGUAUUACUGUUCUACAAAUAAAAUACACAACUUGUGGUGAAAUGGGAGCCGACGCGCCUUGUAAAGAGAAAACUUUAGAACCAAACUUAGCUGGCAAGCUUUAUCUUUGUCUGUGUUCAGAUUUUUUGGGGCUUUCUCCAGCCUCAGAUUGAAUAUGAAUUGAUUCAACAUUAGAAUUUGCAACUGUUAACUUGAUUUUACAGUUAAUAAAGCUCUUUCUUGGCAAUAAAU